CUCUUUUUAUCCACCUUCUUUUACGCAAGUGGGAGUCGACUUUUCGGGGGUGAGGUAACUGACUCAAGCGCCCUGGUAUUGGGCUACACACAGGGCUCUGAAGGCUUCUGCCUUGCGGUUUCUUUUAGAAUAAAGAAUUCAAGCAUGUGUUAGCCUUGGGAGUUACAAGAGUUUCUGCUUCAAUUCUGAGGUAGCAAAAGGCAAAUAAAAGUGAUCUGAUUUGUGACAAAGUCCAGUUUUCAACAAUGCUGAAAUCAAAUGACUCCUUGUUUACUUUGGAUAAUUUGUUUUUUGAAAAACCAGAUGAAGCUGAAAACUAUCCAGACAAUGAAAAAUCAUUGGAUUGGUUUCUCCCUUCUGCUCCAUCGAUUUUGGAAAUUCCAGAUACUCAGAUGUUAGAGAAGGAAAUAGAAAGUCGUAAACUGUUAGAUCAAGAAAAGAGGCCACAAAAGUUAGUAUCAAGUUUAAAGCUAAUUAAUGAAGACACAAAUUAUUUUUCACCAGCACGAAAAUUCCAGUUUGCCUUUCCCUCUAAUAUAUAUGAAGAAAAUGAUCUAAAUUUAGGAGGGACAAGUGACAAUGACUUAUCACAUGUUGCUAGCAAGCUGACAUAUGGUUCUUCUCAGAAACGUAAAACUCACAUUUGCACUGAGAUAGUACCUGAGAAAAAUAUCCCUGAUGACAGAAAAUUAGUUAAUUUUGCCGAAGAUAAAAGAGAAGGCAUAUCCAUAUUCCGGAAAAGGUUAUUUAAAAGGUCUGAGAAUAUAUAUGGGGGUGAUUUUUCUCAUGACAGUACAAACUUAGACUCUCACAUCGGCCCAGUGAAAAUUGUCCAAAAAGAAAUGAACAAAAAGAAGUCAUGGAACUGGAGCAAUAGCAAGCAGAAAUCCCAAUAUUCAGACAUUAACCUGUUUACAGCAGGUGAUGCUUUUUCUGCUUCUGAUAUUGGAGAAGCUAUAUUCAAAGCACCAUCUUUUCCACUUGAAUCCCAGUCUCAUGAUAUUCAAGGAUCAACAGAAUACGAUUUAGGUUCCUUGAAGGCUGUCACAGAAAUCCCUGCAAAAUUUAGAAGUAUUUUUAAAGAAUUCCCAUAUUUCAACUAUAUACAGUCCAAGGCCUUUGAUGACCUUCUUUAUACAGAUAGGAAUUUUGUGAUUUGUGCUCCAACUGGUUCCGGGAAAACAGUAGUGUUUGAACUAGCGAUAACAAGAUUGUUAAUGGAAGUGCCAUUGCCGUGGCUGAACAUUAAAAUUGUAUACAUGGCACCAAUAAAAGCCCUGUGUAGUCAGCGUUUUGAUGACUGGAAAGAAAAAUUUGGACCAAUAGGAUUGAAUUGUAAAGAACUCACUGGGGAUACAGUAAUGGAUGACCUAUUUGAAAUGCAACAUGCCCAUAUUAUUAUGACAACUCCAGAAAAAUGGGAUAGCAUGACUAGAAAAUGGAGAGACAACUCUUUGGUCCAACUGGUUCGACUAUUUCUCAUUGAUGAGGUACAUGUUGUAAAAGAUGAAAAUCGUGGUCCAACCCUUGAAGUUGUGGUUAGCAGAAUGAAAACUGUACAGUCUUUAUCUCAGACUUUAGAAAAUACCAGCACUGUUAUUCCAAUGAGAUUUGUGGCUGUAUCUGCAACAAUUCCAAAUGCUGAAGAUAUUGCAGAAUGGCUUUCAGAUGGUGAGAGACCUGCUGUAUAUCUGAAAAUGGAUGAGAGUCACAGACCAGUGAAACUUCGGAAAGUGGUCCUUGGAUUUCCCUGCAGUAAUAACCAAACUGAAUUUAAAUUUGAUUUAACUCUGAAUUACAAAAUCGCCACUGUUAUACAAACAUACUCUGAUCAGAAGCCCACACUUGUGUUUUGUGCAACAAGGAAAGGUGUGCAGCAGGCUGCUUCUGUUCUUAUAAAAGAUGCUAAAUUUAUUAUGACUGUGGAACAGAAACAGAGGUUACGGAUAUGUGCAAAUUCCAUAAGAGAUUCAAAACUGAGAGAUAUCUUAAUAUAUGGUGUGGCCUAUCAUCAUGCUGGUAUGGAGCUGUCAGAUAGAAAAGAAGUUGAAAGAGCUUUUAUGGUUGGAGAUAUACCAGUUCUUUUUACUACCAGUACAUUAGCUAUGGGAGUAAAUUUGCCAGCUCACCUAGUAAUUAUAAAAUCUACAAUGCAUUAUGCUGGAGGAAUGUUCGAAGAGUACAGUGAAACAGAUAUUCUACAGAUGAUUGGUAGAGCUGGACGACCUCAAUUUGACACUACAGCUACUGCAGUUAUUAUGACUCGGUUAAGUACGAAAGAGAAGUACAUUCAGAUGUUAGCUUGUAGUGACACUGUAGAAAGCAGUUUGCACAGACAUCUUAUCGAACAUUUAAAUGCAGAGAUAGUAUUGCAUACCAUCACAGAUGUGAAUGUUGCUUUGGAAUGGAUACGAUCAACCUUGCUUUAUAUCAGAGCUUUGAAAAAUCCAUCUCAUUAUGGGUUUGCAUCCGAAUUGAACAAAGAUGGAAUUGAAGCAAAAUUACAAGAAUUAUGUUUAAAGAAUCUGAAUGAUUUGUCAUCUGUGGACUUGAUAAAGAUGGACGAAGACGUUAAUUUCAAACCAACUGAGGCAGGAAGAUUGAUGGCUUGGCACUAUAUUAAAUUUGAGACAGUGAAGAAAUUUUGUACAAUCAGCGGAAAAGAAACUUUAUCAGAUCUGGUCACAAUGAUAGCCAGCUGCAAGGAGUUUUUAGAUGUACAGUUAAGAAUAAGUGAAAAGAAAACACUGAAUACUUUGAACAAAGAUCCAAAUCGGGUAACUAUCAGAUUUCCAAUGGAUGGAAGGAUUAAAACAAGAGAAAUGAAAGUAAAUUGCCUUAUUCAGGCCCAGCUAGGAUGCAUUCCCAUUCAAGACUUUGCAUUGACACAAGAUACUGCAAAGAUUUUCAGAAACGGCUCACGAAUUACAAGAUGGUUGUCAGAUUUUAUGGCUGCUCAAGAAAAGAAGUUUUCUGUGUUACUGAACAGUUUGAUUUUAGCUAAAUGUUUCAGGUGUAAGCUUUGGGAAAACUCUCUGCAUGUAUCCAAACAGCUGGAAAAAAUUGGUAUAACAUUGUCAAAUGCAAUGGUAAAUGCAGGUUUGACUUCCUUUAAAAAAAUAGAAGAAACAGAUGCAAGAGAACUUGAAGUGAUUUUAAAUAGACACCCCCCUUUUGGAACUCAGAUAAAAGAAAGUGUGAUGUAUCUACCAAAAUAUGAACUUGAAGUGGAACAGGUUGCAAGAUAUAGUGAUACCGUUGCAGAAAUAUUAGUGACCAUUUUAUUAAGAAACUUUGAACAGCUAAAGACUAAAAGAACAGCACCAGAUUCUCACUAUGUUACAUUAAUCAUUGGUGAUACAGAUAAUCAAGUGGUUUUUAAGCACAAACUUAUGGAUUCUGUUUUGCUAAAAGCUGGAAAAUGGACUAAAAAGAUUGAUGUGAAGAGAGCUCUUAAAUCUGAAGAUCUCAGCGUAAAUCUAAUCAGUUCUGAAUAUGUUGGACUUGAUAUUCAGCAGAAGUUUACAGUCUUUUACCUAGGACCCAAGAGGUUUGGAAAUCAAAUAAUUAUGCAAAGAAAAUCAGAAACAGAGAUUUCCCAUUCUAAAUACUCAAAUAACUCUACUAUAGUAGGACCCAAUAAAGGAAUGACUGCCUGCAAAAAACCUGGAAACAGAGAAUGCAAUCAUCACUGUAAAAAUAAACAUGCAUGUGGACAUGACUGCUGUAAAACUGGAGUUGCACAGAAGUCAGAAAUUAAAGAACAAACAAUUUCUUCAUAUUUAUCUGAUUUAAGAAACAGGAAUGCUGUUUCAUCUCUUCCUCCAGUUAAACGUCUCAAGCUACAGAUGAAUAAAUCUCAAAGUGUGGACCUUAAAGAGUUUGGUUUUAUUCCAAAACCUCCCCUUCCCAGUAUAUCAAGGUCAAAAUAUUUGAACAUAUCUGAAUUGCCUAUAAUGGAGCAAUGGGAUCAGCAUGAAAUCUGUGGAAGAUUUCAAAAAGAAUCAUCUGAAUAUCAAGACAAAGAAGAUUUUUCUAGAUGGAACUAUUCUGUAACUUCAAAUGAGAAAGCUCCUCAAACAAUGUUCAGCAGAAAUCUUAAUGCAUCUAGAAACCAAAAUUUGACAAAUGCAGAUAAAAGCAACUCUCCAUUUUCAGAAGAGUUGAAUGUGAACUUUGAAUUGGGAAAUGAAGUUUGGGAUGAUUUUGAUGAUGAAACCUUAAUAGAAUUGACAAGCUUUUCAGCUGAUACUGAGAAGGCAAAAACAUCAGGAUUUGGAAACACUUUCAGUUCAAGUAGCAUGGAAAGUAAGCCACCCCUCCAAGAGUCAAAGAGCAAAUUCCAAAGAGAAACUUCAAACAGUUUUGUUUCAUCACAUGAGAAACCAGAUACGUAUUUAUCGAGUUCUGCUAUUCCCAAGUUCAGUACCCCUACCAUGAUGAAAUUACCUCAACAAGCUGGAAAUGCAAAUAUUAUCCAUUUACAAGAAAGAAAACAACAAAGUCUUUCACCAGAGAUUGAAAAGUUAUACUUUACUCACUCUGAAAAAAAAUCAAAUUCUUCAAAUUUUGUUAAUGAAGUGGAAUUUUUUAUUAGAGACAGUGAAUGUAAAAAGGAAAUUGAUUACAGGUAUCAUCCUGAUGAUGGAGCUGAGGAAAUGAAAUCUUUUCUGGGAAUAUUUGAUGGCAUUUUCUGAAACAAACCAAAAAAACAUCCUUCUUAUAUUAAUAAGAUAAAGUAUAAGAAGAUCUAAUCACAAA